GUGGCCUGGCACAGCUCCCUCCAGUUCAACGUCCACCCGCUCUGCAUGGUGUUGGGCAUGGUUUUCCUCCAAGGUGACGCUCUCCUGGUCUACCGGGUCUUCAGGCACGAAGCCAAGCGCUCCACCAAGGCGCUGCACGCGCUGCUCCACGGCCUGGCCCUGGUCAUCGCCCUCGUCGGUGGUUUCUUCUUGCUCCCGGGUGCCUCCUUCUCGCUGCGCAGCCGGUACAAGCCCCAGCACAUCUUCUUCGGCAUCGCCCUCUUUGCUCUCUCCAUCACUGCCUGCUUGCUGGGUAUCACCGAGAUGCUCCUCUUCAACAUCAGGGACUCCUACAGCCACUUUUGGACGAGACCCACCACCCUGAGGAGGCGCAUCCCUGAGACCUGGGCUCAUCUCUGCCGAAAGCAUCCUUCUGGGUUACACAGGCAGCCGGGCCGGGGAAGCUCCCGGAGCCCAGUGCUGCAAAGCAACCGCAGCCCCCGGCGGCAAAGGCACAAGCCCAACUCGGGGGACUUUGCUCACCGCAACCCCGACGUGCCGCAUCCUUCCAGCGCUGCGCCCCCAGCCCGGCCCGGCAGCUGGAAGCAGGGAUGCUCGCAGCUGCGAGGGGUGUUCGGCCGCGGAACCGAGCCCUGGGUUUGGGCAGGGAUGAAGCGAGCAGACAGGCGGGAGCUGCAGGGCUCCGGUGCCCACAGCGCUGAGCUGCGCUUCGCAGUUAAAUCCAGAAAACUCUCUGAUGCAGCUCCCCCCCCUCCGCUGUUUCAUUAA